AUGAAAUGGGACAGUGCCUUACAAGUUUACAUCGACCAUCCCGAAAAGUAUGGAAAGGAUACAGUUGUAUAUUUUGAUGAGGAUGCAGUUAUAAUACAUGAUAGCUUCCCUAAAGCUAGAUUUCAUCUGUUAGUGUUACCCAGGUCAAACACAUUAACGAAAAAGCACCCAACAAUAGGACUGAAUUCAAGUGUCAAGAAUCAACUAGAGAACUACGUACAAAGGGCAAUAGAUUACAUAUAUGAGGGCUUCACACAACAUUACCAGCCUUCCGAUAAAGUACAAUCUAUAUUUGCCGACAAAGACACUUUCAUAAAAAACUUUUUAGCAGUCGGUAUUCAUUCAGUUCCCUCAAUGAAGAAUCUUCAUAUACAUGUAAUAACAAAGGACUUCGACUCCCCCAGAUUAAAGCAUAAGAAACACUAUAACUCAUUCAAUACCAAUUUUUUUGUUAAUUGGAUAGAUUUGCCUUUGAAAUCUAUACCAAAUGUAAAAGAAACUGAAUUAAAGUACAUUAAGGGUUCACCAUUAAUAUGCAGUUAUUGCGGUCAAGAUUACGGGUCUCAAUUCAAGAAACUAAAAGAUCAUUUAACAGAAGAGUUUAACAAACAUUUCACUGAAAUUAUAGAAUUGUAA